AUGUCACAAGAUGAACCUCCCGCUCCGCUUCUUUAUGAAUGCGCCCUCAAGUUCCUUCACUCCAGUAACAUUGACUGUCCUCUGUGCACGUUCAAUCUGUACGCUGGGAAUGCCGCCAUUGGUCUCGAAACCAUCACUCUUCCACUACGCACGUCUCUUUCUGGUCACAAAUCUCGAGUACAACCACACGCCCGAUUGCAUUGCAGCCAGUACGGUAGGACUACGCUCAAACCUUCCAGUAUAAGGCAUGCGAGGAAGGAGGCAACUUGUGAGGCACCCGUGUUUCGAGGGAGUAGAGAAACAGUAGAUACAAUCAGUAUUAUUAUACAAAUGAGAUAUUUUUUGCCUGUCUUUCUACCUCUUUUCACCUGCUUUCGAAGACUCUUUGCCAAGGGUCUUUCACCUCUUUGA